AUGGUGGUAACUGACCUCGGUGAUGUCAAUACCAAUCACAAAGAGGCAGCGACCAUCGGAAAGAGUAUGGUGGUAGCAGGCUCUGGUGAUGCCAACAACACCGUUGAUAAAGACGCAGCAACCAGAGUAGAGAGUAUGGUAAUAGCAGGCUUUCGUGACACCAACACCAUUGAUAGAACCGCAUCAGCAUCAGCCUCUCUCGUGCAACAGCAGCAAGUGGCGGUCACAAGCUGGGUGGCACAAGCUGAGCUGGCAGGGCUGACUCUGCCGCCCGAUCUGAUCCGAGAAUCUGCACAUGCCGCGCGCUUUGCGCAGAUGCAGGUGCAGGUGGAGGAGCAAGGUGGGAUGGGGAAUGUGGCUCUGCGACCGAACCUUGAGAACUCUCAACUGCGAAUGGAGGUGGAACAACCGAUUCUGGCUUUCCCAGAGCGGCUGGAGGAGGGCGGCUGCUUGGGAAUAACUCAAGAGGAGGGGAGGAUGCUUGAGGUUUUGAUGUUGGAGGAUGGGGGGAUGCAGAUGCAUGGGGGAGGGAUCAUGCAGGAGGGAGGGUUGAUGCUGGACGGAGCGACGAUGCAGGGGUUUGGGAUGAUGCAGGGAGGAGGGAUGCGGCAAAAUAUUUCUUUUGAGGUGCCUCUAAAGUGUGCGUUACAGGAGGGACAAGGGAGCGUGAGCGUGAACCUUGCAUCUGCAGGCGAGCGUACUGGGCCAGGCAGCCCGUGCCUUAUCUCACCGGAGAAUGCAUGGCCUCCAGCCUCCCCUGCAUCAACCCCUUCUCCUGCUGCUGCUGCCGCCGCCUAUCCACACACUGCUUUCUUCUCGCCCAGAACUCCUGGUGGUUUCUGCACGCCUGCCUCUGCUGGUGCUUGUUGUUCACCCAUUGCCACUCCUAGUGCUUGUCGUGAGGGGGAAGGAGAGCAGGCCUUGACAUUGCAAGAGCCUCCUGCCACGUGGGUGCCCCGGGUUAGUUCGAAGUUGGUACCGCAGUGGCUGGAAGUGAGGGGAGUGGAGGACGUGACGGCAGUGAGAAAGGAAAAGAGGGAAGUGAGUGAGGCAAAGCGGAACGGAGAGGAGGACUGGAGGCCGCGCAUUCGAACACGAUUGGAUGGGAAAGCAGCGGGGCUCGGACGCAUACAGGCAAGGAGCAUGAAGGAGAGGCACCGCCGUGAUCGCAUCAGGAGAGGCCUGGAGCAGCUUCAUCGAGCGCUACCCGCAUCUCUUGCAAGUGCCCAACUCGAUACAGCCAGAAUGGUGGAGUCUGCGCUCAAGCAUAUAAAAGACCUUCAGGUCCGAAUAAAAGCCUUGGAGAAUCCAACAGAUGCUUUGGUGAUGUCAACACCCUGCCAUGAAAAGCCGUCGUCGAGAUACCAAAAUGUGUAA